AUGGCCUUUUGGGACACAGUUUUGAGCUCCACGAAUGCAAAGUUGUAUGGAAGACGGCUCAUACCGAAUAUCGUCGACGACAAUGCGAGGAUGGCACGUUUCCUCCAUGGUCAAAUUGGGUUGAGCUUUGAGUUCAAAACGGUCAUGUACAUGGGUUUUCCAAAUCCUCGAACAUAUAUCGUUCUUAUAGCCGCCAUGAAAACUGGUCACAAGGUACUAUUCCAUUUCACAAACAGUGACCCGGGGCAUGCGAACCUCAUCAGGCAAACCAACUGCACCAUCCUGCUAUACACAGCUGGCUUUCCUGUGUCAGGCAUUCAUGAAAGAUCUCGGCUCGAAGCUGUGCGAGUUCCAGAGCUAGCUACGCUCCUUGACAAUUUUCUGUACGAGUCGUUUCCGUACGGAAAGACGUAUGAAGAAGCGAAGUACGAUCCAUGCUUCGUCAUGCACACUUCAGGAUGGACCGGCCUGCCCGCACCGGUAAUGACUUUUGUAUUGGGCGCUCUUUGCGACGCCAGGCGUCGCAACUACCUGGCUUGGCCAAUCUCUUCGAGCUCAGAGAUCGGUGCGGGCAUCACAGACAUCUGCUUCAACAACAACAUCACCACUGCUCUUGGCACACCUGAACAGGCUACUGCAGAGAUCACGGAUGAAAUGAUACGGGACGCGGACAUAGACUUAGCGAGUUGCGUACCUGCAACACUGGAGGACCUCGCGAAACACCCGAAUGUUCUAGCAAAGAUGCGAGGACUGAAGCACAUCGCGUAUCAUGUCCUACUUGUGUCCUUGAUGGUAUCAAUCGAAACUGUCACCAUAGUACAGCAUGUCACCGACCAUGAAGAUUGGUCAUAUAUACGACCAGUUGCCAAACUCUUUGAACUCGUCUACGUCUUUCCCCACCUGCUGGAACAUUUAAUGUGCGACCUGUACAUGAAGCAUCCGACGAAGCCACAUCACUGGAGACACGAAGGUCGGAAAGACGAUAUAAUCGUUUUCAAGAACGUACAUGCCUGCCUACUGGUUGGUACUAAUAAGGACAAGCCUGCGGCAAUCGUUGAGUUGCAUCCACAGUACUAUACGGAAGACUCCUUGGUGCAGAGAACCUUUACAAAGGAAACCUGGCCACAAGCUCGCAAGGCGAACGAUGUAGCAGACACCUUCGGUCAGCUCGAGCAACGCUACGUCGUCUUUGCUAAGAAGAAGAAACCGUUUGAGAUGGAACUGAAAGAAUGCAGAGAAGUGCCGCCUUCCUCUGCACAUUAUGCAAGACACUCUGGCCGCCUUAAACAAUGGCUUGGGUAA